AUGCGUUUGCUGCACCACCCCAGCCUCCACCUUUCUCACGCCGGACGACAUUUACGACGUCCGCUGCUCGCUUCAUCCCUCCAUUUUUCUAAACCGUUUAUCCGUGCAACCGAAAAGCUGGAGCUGCCAUCGAUCUCGCAGGUCCAUACCCGCGGUCCUGCUGACAUCCCCUGGUACAACCAUCACGCGGCGGAACGACCGUUAUUGCCCGGCGACAAACUCCCCGCUCUCAGCCUGCCAACAGCCACCCAGGGCCUCUCUCGGACCGCCUAUCACGAUUCGUCCGCGACCAAUUCCACCACCUCUAGCGCUCGCACGAGUCUGUCUGGUGCCUCUGUGCCUACCAACGAACCCAGGAGCCCGUCCUCUGCGGACCUGUCUGGGAACCAGGGCCGGCUUUCAUUAGAUUCAUCCGCAACCGAAUACAGUCUCCCACAUUCGGUCAACGAAGGGUACUAUCCCAGUCCAGCUUCCCUCGGCAGCAUGAACCAGACCCAGCCGUACAUGGAUGUCCACUCGCACAUGUCCUCUGCUCAGCCCUACGCCCCUCAAGGCGCAACCGCAGGGGCCAUGUCCCACUAUCAGUACCACGGGCAACCCCCGGUGAUGCAGCCCGCGUCUUCUUACGCCCCGGCUGCUUACCCCCAAUAUGGGUACGCCCCGGGCGUUUCUUCACCCGCGGGACACCCGCCAGCCUCGAUGGGUGGCCAGAUGCAGACCCAAUUGCUGCCCUUACCUGUGAGCAAUCACCCCGUGGCACCUCCGAGUGGCUAUGCAAACACUACUGGUGCUCCGCUACAAGGGUUUGUCUUUGAUGGUACUGGGCAAGUUGCUCCUCCGGGAGCGAAGCCGCGAGUGACAGCAACAUUAUGGGAAGAUGAGGGAAGUCUCUGCUACCAGGUUGAAGCAAAGGGAGUGUGCGUGGCUCGACGAGAGGAUAACCACAUGGUCAAUGGCACAAAGCUGCUAAAUGUAGCUGGCAUGACCCGCGGUCGACGUGAUGGAAUCCUCAAAAGCGAGAAGCUCCGUCAUGUUGUGAAAAUCGGACCGAUGCAUUUGAAAGGUGUCUGGAUCCCAUUUGAGCGUGCUCUAGAAUUUGCCAACAAGGAGAAGAUCACUGAUCUCCUAUACCCACUCUUCGUGCAUAAUAUUGGUGGUCUUCUAUACCACCCGGCUAACCAGACUCGGACAAAUAUGGUGGUGCAGGAGUCCCAGCAGCGACGUUUGGAAGGCCCACCUCCGGGUCCCCAGCGUACGCCAUCUGGAUCUCAGCAAACCCCGAUUCACCAUCACCACCCCUCCCUGCAGACCCCCAUGUCUUCUCACAUGUCCCAAGGUCCAAUAAACGGCCAGCCCGGCUCCAGACCAAAUCUCGAGCGUGCCAACACAUUCCCCACACCGCCAGCUAGCGCAUCCAGCCUGAUGGGCGUCAACCAUCAAGGUUCAUAUGAAUGGGGCGGACAAGUGCCACAUACACAGCCCCUGUCCAUCGACACCACGCUGAGCAAUCAGCGCUCAAUGCCAACCACCCCCGCAACCACCCCACCGGGCAACAACAUGCAAGGCUUGCCAGCUUACCAAAGCCAAGGCUACGACAGCUCCAAGCCCUACUACUCUGCGGCACCACAAACUCACGCCCAAUACGCGCCGCACACCCCAUUGACCCAAUCAGGGAUGUCCAACUACGGCCAACCCCUGCCCGGCGGGUACAUGAAAAGCGAGAUGGCGCCACCAAACCCACGGCCUGGCGCCUCAGAGCCUGAAACCUCUGAGCGCGACUCAAACCGCUACAGCCAGAGCAAUGGACCCGGUGAGACUGUCGCCGAGCAUGACCAGGAGUACAUGCAAGAUCCCAACGCCGGCUACAACUCCAACCGCGGCUCCUACACCUACACCACAAACCCCUCCGUCGGCUCCCUGACCGGCGAGCACUCCCAGCUCACCCCGGAGAUGACCAGCUCCCCGAGCCAGCAGAACGGCUCCGGCCGCAUGACUCCGCGCACGGGAGCCGGCCCCCCUCCUCACUGGGCUUCGGGCUACAACACCCCUCCUCGUCCCGCCGCCACUACCCUGUACAACGCUGUCAGCGAUACUCGCGGUACCCCAGCCACCGGUGCUUCGGACCCUUACUCCAUGGCCUCGACCACGGCCCCGGUCUACGCAUCUGGAAAUGGCUCGCUGAGUGCGGGCAGCAAGCGCAUGCGCGAGGACGACGAUAUCCGCCCCGAGAGUACUGCUGAGUAUGAGACCUCAAAGCGCCGCAAGACGAUCACCGAUUCUACCCUCGGAGGUCCGGUCGGUGGCCCGCCUAUUCUUCAGCCGAUGAAGCCUAGUGGGGUCAUGGCUCGUCACCGCUGA